AUGUCCGAAACAGAGAAACAAGAAGAAAAUAUCAAUCGGUUUCGACCUGGCAAAAUCAUCUCUCACUGUAUAACAUUAUCGCUACAUCGAAAUCUUCACCGGGUAGAGAUUCCUAUUCAUCGCCUCGCUGUUCAAAUCACAGGUACCCAAAAUAUUCCGGGUGAUUCUAAGACAUCUGUUUAUAUUGUAUAUCUGCCUCAAAAUAUCUAUCUAUCUAUCUAUCUAUCUAUCUAUCUAUCUAUCUAUCUAUCUCUCUAUCUAUCUAUCUCUCUCUCUCUCUCUCUAUAUAUAUAUAUAUAUAUAUAUAUAUAUAUAUAUGAUUCUUUUUAUUAUCUAUGUAUUUAUCUAUCUAUGUAUUUAUCGAUCUAUCUAUCUCUGUUUUUAUCUCAUUCUCUUUUUGAUCUAUCUAUUUCAUUCUAUUUAUUAUCUAUCUAUCUAUCCAUCUCAUUCUCUUUAUUAUCUAUCUAUCUAUCUAACUAUCUAUCUAUCUAUCUAUCUAUCUAUCUAUCUAUCUAUCUAUCUAUGUCGUUCUUUUUAUUAUCUAUCUAUCAAUUCAUCUAUUUAUCUAUCGAUUUAUCUAUCUCAUUCUGUUUAUUAUCUAUCUAUCUAUGUAUCUAUCUAUCUCUUUCUCUCUCUCUCUCCCUCUCUAUAUAUAUAUAUAUAUAUAUGAUUCUCUCAUUCUCUUUAUUAUCUAUCUAUUUAUCUAUCUAUCAAUCUAUCUAUCUCAUCCUGUUUAUUAUCUAUCUAUCUAUAUCUAUAUUCAUUCUGUUUUUAUUAUCUAUCUAUCAAUUUAUCUAUAUAUCUAUCGAUUUAUCUACCUCAUUCUGUUUAGUAUCUAUCUAUCUGUCUAUCGAUUUAUCUAUCUCAUUCUGUUUAUUAUCUAUCUAUCUAUCUAUCUAUCUAUCUAUCUAUCUAUCUAUCUAUCUAUCUAUCGAUUUAUCUACCUCAUAUCUAUAUAUAUUAUAUAUCUAUUUAUUAUCUAUGUAUUUAUCUAUCUAUGUAUUUAUCUAUUCUCUUUAUUAUCUUUAUUAUCUAUCUAUCUAUCUAUCUAUUUAUCUAUCUAUUCUGUUUAGUUCUUUUAUUAUCUAUCUAUCAAUUCAUCUAUUUAUCUAUCGAUUUAUCUAUCUCAUUCUGUUUAUUAUCUAUCUAUCUAUCUAUUUAUCUCUCAUUCUGUUUAUUAUCUAUCUAUCUAUCUAUCUAUCUAUUCUGUUUAUCUAUCUAUCUAUCUAUCUACUAUCUAUCUAUUUAUUAUCUAUCUAUCUGUUUAUUAUCUAUCUAUCUAUCUAUCUAUCUAUUUAUCUACCUCAUUCUGUUUAUUAUCUAUCUAUCUAUCUAUCUAUCUAUCUAUCUAUCUAUCUAUCUAUCUAUGUCAUUCUGUUUAUUAUCUAUCUAUCUAUCAAUUUAUCUAUCGAUUUAUCGCUCUCAUUCUGUUUAUUAUCUAUCUAUCUAUGUAUCUGA